GAGCUCACUCACCUCGUUUAGACAGGUAAGCUGCAGUGAAGACGACCAGGUUCAUUCGCCCUUCUGUGGUAGUGUUGUGGAUCUGUUGAAGUAGCUAGGAGUUUGUCUUCAAACAUUGGCAACUGUCUCUACUGGGAUGAGAUGUGCUAGGCCAGCCAGUUCCGUGCCAGGCUGUCAGUGGUGUUGAGGUGUGUGUGUCCGGGCAAGGUGUGGCCUUGUUUGUGUCGGAGUGUGUACGCAGGACCAGGUUGUCUGUGUUGUGUUGCACACUGUAGAGCUGAAGGGAGUUGAUAGGACGCAUUUACACCCACAGGGGACACUGACAGAGGAUUACUGCUGUGGAUAAUUACAUUACAGAUUGGACAUCUUUACAGUGCACCUCGGAUGACCCUGCGAUGGAGCUUUGAUGAUAAUAUGACUCAGCUAUUCAUCCCGUCAUGUGUGGAUUGUGGGAGUCUCUGAAAUAAUACAGUGCAAUAACUAACUGAGGUUGUCACCAUACGAUGAGAGAUGUCUGUGAAAAGCUACAGCGGUUGGAGUGAUCACAGCAAUGGUACACACAGCGCAGCCGGCUCCCACUCCUACCUCCACAAUGACACCUACAGCAACAAAUACCAGGGCAGUAACGCCUGGUGGAGUGUCGGGGAGUUCCUCAAACCCGGACUAACCCAUCAGAGUGUUGGUCUCACACUCUCCAACAGCAGCAACGAUGAUGAGACUUGGGACCUCUCCGACUCCCUGGCCGACCUCUACAUGGAGGUCAGCCAGCGGGAACAUGAGGCGACAGAACGUCUUGGAGGUGGAAGGGACAGAAGGGAACAUCGCAAGGUGGAUAUUCAGGCAUGGCUGGAGAAGGAUACCAGUCAUGGCUGUAUUCGUGUGUUCAAUUCAGACUCGGAGGAGAAUUCGCGAUUGUUUCCCUGUACAAUAGCGACAACUGCUCAGAAAAUCUGUAUGCAGAUUGGGAUACCGAGCAACUCUCUGCAUAUUCAACAGAAUGGUGAUAUCAUUCGUCGUCUGGAACCGUUUGACUGUCCACUAGCAAUUCAGAAUGAGUAUCUCUCCAGCCUGGGCCUGACCGACAUUAAACGAGUGCAGGAGGAGGGCCCUGAUGAUGAUCUGUGUUACCUGGUCAAGUUCUAUGCAGGCAAGCCAAUCUCUGACAGCACAUACUCCCGGAGUCAGCUGUCCUCCUAUGCCUACCUCCGCAAGGGGAAGUUACUCCACCAGUGGGUGCGGCGACUGUGUGUCAUCACUGGAACCAGACUACUUAUAUACAGAGAUCGCAAUGCCAAACCUACAGUUGUCCAGUUGGCGAAAGGCUCUGUGGAAGAAGUGCAGGUCAAAGGUCAGGAACACUGUCUGAAGCUAACAUCGACCAUCCAGGGUGAGAGGUCGAUCUACAUCUCCUUCAUGAAUGCCGGAGAGUACAACAAGUGGAUCAAGAAGGCGAAAAAGGCAACAUCCAAGCUUCCAACCAAGGCUGACUUGUCCAACUGCCAUUUGGAGUUCCUGCCAGAGACAGUCUUCAUCAACGAUGACCUCGAGAUCCUCAUCCUGAGGCACAAUGUCCUGCGAGAACGGCCCAUUGAGGAGGACAUCUACACAAUUGGAUGGCUGGAUGAUUUGCCAAGGUUCACCCACCUCCGAAGUCUCAACCUGGCAGACAAUGGUUUGGUCAACUUCCCCCAGGCCGUUUGUCGGAUGCGAACCCUGACUGAGCUGAAUGUUGCUAGCAACAAACUGGAGGAGGUCCCCUCCCAAAUAUCAGACCUCACCAACUUACAAGCACUACAUCUUCACAAUAAUAGACUGUCAUCAUUGCCGGAGGAAAUAGCUCAAAUGAAGAGACUCGUUGUCAUUGUGCUGGCAUUCAAUCGUUUUACAUUUAUUCCCAGUGUGUUGUGUCAGUCGCAGCAUGCAUCAUACAAACUGGACAGCCUUAUCAUGGCAGGAAACCAAAUAUCACGUUUACCCACAGACUACUUAGACCAUAUGACCCACAUCAAAAAGAUUGAUCUCAGAAUGAACAAACUUCAACUUCUCCCGACAGAAACUGCUCGGUUUCAGUCACUAGAUCAUGUGACUCAUCUUGACAUUCGAGACAACGAGAUCAUCGACCUGGACAUUCGUGCAAUUCGUGCUCUGGAGUAUUUAAACUGUGAACGGAACAUGAUUCGAAGCCUUCAGAUCAAUGGAUCAUCGUUAAAGAACAUCUUUGUUUCACAUAAUAAAAUUGAGAGUAUUUCCAUCAACCCCAAGCCUGAGUGGCUUGUUUCUAUGGAUGUGUCCUAUAACCAGCUCAAAGAGGUUCCCACAUGGCUGGGUGACUGUUUCUUCCUAGUACGACUGGAUCUGAGCCACAACAACAUCGCUCGUCUACCUGACAGGAUGCUGACUGAUGCAAGGAAGCUGAAGAUCCUGCGUGUGAACCACAACCAACUGACGCUGCUGCCCGCGGACAUCAAGCACUGCCUCAUCGAGGAGCUGCACCUGGAGAGGAACCUCCUGACCCAGCUGCCUCCCGACCUCUUCAUCCGGGCCAACAAACUACGCUGCCUGAACCUUACAGGCAACUGUCUGGUGGAUCUGCCAGCACCGAACCGUAACGACACUUACAACAAGUUGCAGGAGCUGUACCUCACCUCCAACAGACUCACCAACAAGGCCAUAUUUAAAGUGUGCUGCUUCCCUCGACUCCGUGUCCUUCACCUCGCCAAAAACUGCAUCACAGAGAUCAAAGACAGUGAGUUCCAGAAGCUUGAGCAGCUCCAGGAGUUGAACGUGUCCUUCAACAGCCUCCGCUUCCUGCCCGUCUGUCUCAGCAGACACACCAAGCUCCAGGUCCUACGGGCCAACGCCAAUCUCCUGCAAGAGUUACCUAACUUCAGGAACUCUUCCAGUCUUAAGGUGUUGGAGGUUGGCACUAAUCGCCUGGAGAAUGUCAGCAUGGGCAACUUGAUGACAUCUAAGGUCAAUCUCCUUGACAUCUCUGGAAACCCAAAUAUCUUCGUCAAUACAGACGAACUGCAAGGAAUCAAGAAUGCCAAGAGAGUCUGUAUGAUAGACAUGCGAGGACAGAACCGGUCUCUUAACAAUGUCUCCGCAGUGGAGGCAGAACUCAGUUGGCAGAGUGGGUUUUCACAGACAUCAGGCAUGAGAAACAAGCUUUCAGUGGCAAUGCUUAAUAAAUCCAAGUUCAGCGAAGCUGGAGAUGCCCUGUUUGGGAUAUUUGAUGGUGGUCGUAAUGAUGAAGUUGCUAAACUGAUGAUUGAGUUGACACCAGCGAUUGUCGCGGAGGAGAAAGAGAAAAUGCCUACCCAGGAGGGUUUCCUGAAGUACACCAUGCUCUCAGCUCACAAGAAGAUCAAGUCAGUGGGGCAAAGAGUUGGAGCUGCAGCUGCCUUGGUACACAUACAGAAACACCCAAACCAUCAUGACCAAUAUUCCCUGUGUGUCGCCAGUGUUGGGGACACCGAGGUGGUGCUGUGUCGUCAAAACAGCCCCGUCUGUCUCACCCGUCAGUUCACUGUGUCACAUGACAAAGGAGAGUGUCAGAGAGUCAUUAACUCUGACGGUAUCAUCACAGAGGAUGGUCGUAUCAGUGGGGUGACAUUCAACACUCGACUGAUUGGCUGCAGCUACCUCUUCCCCCAGGUGAUCCCCAGUCCCCACAUCACAUCAACGACCUUGACUUCAGAAGACCAGAUGAUCAUCAUUGCCAAUCAAGGUCUCUGGCGAUACAUGUCACACCAGGAAGCUGUCCGUGAGAUCAAUGACAUCCCAGACCCUGUCAUUGCAGCCAAGAGACUGCAGGAUCUUGCUCAGGGGUAUGGAUCUCGGGAGAAUAUCGGGAUCCUGGUGGUGAAGCUCCUGCUGUCUGACGCAGAGAGGUUCCGGAUGAGUGAGAUACUGCGGACGCAGAUGCAGGGGCAGAAGCAGCUGCUGAACAAACUGCGUGAGCAGGCAAAUGUAACACAACUUCAUGCCAUACCUGCAGUGUCCGAGUUGGGUGGAAUUGUCAUCGACAAAGCAGGAAGAGUCAAGAAACAUAGAGGAGAGAGGCCAAGUUUAAGUGUUAAGCCAACACCUGCUCCAAAUAACAGGUAUCGGAAGAAGGAUGCAAAUCCAAACUGGGAGACAGUACUCCAGAAACGGUUGGCUGAUGAGGUGAAAGACAAGGAGAUGCAGGAGAUGUUCAAAAUCACAGAGGAAGAGGACAACCAGGAGGAAUUAGAGGAACCAAGAAGCAACUGGUCGACCCUGACCAAGAAGCGAGAGACAGCAUCAGAGAGCGCUGCUAUGAAUCAGAAGCAGAUGGCACAGAGAAAUCCCAUCCCUUCAGCCAACACUUCUGCAGUGAAGCCAAUGGUCCGGACAGCAUCCACAGACACCAUCACAUCACUAGAUGAGUUCUAUCGCCAGCCCAUUGUCACUGCAAACAUUGACAGAGAUGCCAUCCUGUUUCAUCAGAUGCAGAUGGCAAGAGCUCAAAGCAUCAGUUCAAGCAGCCUUGAUUCAACUCAAUCUGACCCCAUGUAUGCCUCAGUGAGGGAAGUGUACAGAGGUCCUAGAGCUCCAUCUAGGAGUAUUGAAGUGCUGGUACACACCCCGACUUCUGAUGAACAGAGGCUUCAACCAGUGCGUGUGCAUCGGCGACCAGAGAAGGCAGUAGCUCCUCUACAACUUGACCCUAAGAUGGAAAAGUCUGGGAAGGCUGAGGAUGACAUUGAUGCUAUUGAAUCUGAGAUCAUCGAAAGCUUCCAUGCCAGCAUAGAGGAUCUGUAUGCAAGAGUCAUGAAAAAGAAACAAAGUAUAAUGGAGAAAGACCUAAGUAAGGUGAACCUUGUUAAGUUCAAUGGCUCUGAUGACACUCUAGUUGGGGACUAUGAAGAAGUGUAUGUUCAGCAAAGCCACCCUCAUGGCCCAGGGUACCAGGAAGCAGUCACUGUCAUUGAUGACCUAACAGAUCUUGAUGACACCAUUGAUGCUGCUGAAGAUGAAAAUGGUGUUGGCAGCCAUCAAGAUCAGGGGGCGAGGAAACACUCCCCAACUCCUGCAGGUGUCACCAGGUUCCCUAGUCAACAGAGUGUCAUUAUCACAUACUUAUAGGACACUGUAUCAUUGCUACAUAUCACUUACUUAUAGAACACUAGGGUCAACAUUAUUACAUACUUUAUGUGCACACACACCUGCACCACCUUGGAGCAUACUAGACAUGUAUUUAGAAGCUUUAUAGGUGAUUAGGUAUGCUAAGUGUAAAUAUAUUCAACACCAUUUAAACCGAUUCAUUUGGUGAUAUGUUUUCCAAAAAAGAACAUGACCACAAAAUACACAUUGUUUCUCUGAUUAUAUUCAAAUUCAGUUUCAAUUAGAUGUUAACAUGUGAUUAUUAUUUGUUUCCCUCUUUUUACUAAAAACUUAUAAUACAUCCAUCCAUACUGGACACUUAUAUCCUUAUAGACCAUUGUGGUCAAUAUUGCAACAUAUCACAUACAUAUGGAACACUGUGAUCAAUAUUACAACAUAUCAUAUGCUUAUACUGAUUGAACACUGUGUUUGAUUUUGCAACAUUAUCCCAUUCCUAUUUGACACUAUUGUAGAUUUUGCAAGAAUAUGACUUUCUCAUAGUGCCUAUUGUAGAUACUGUAGCAACUCAUGAAAGAUGGUAGAUAGUGUGACUUCACUGCUUAUGUAUAGCAGACAAUGGUAGAAAAUACAUUAUCACAUACUUAUGGCACCAGAUGGUAAUUAUUGAAGCAUUAACACCUACUUACUACAUACAACACUACCUUAAAGCUCAUGUUAUAUAAUGCAACAACAUUAUAUCACAUUGUUGGAUACUGUAGCUCAAUGAGAAGCAUAUUUGUUUACAUAUUGUGUUCAGAUGAAAUGGCAUAUUGUAUAUAAAAGAUUUGUGAAAUGUCAUAACGUAGUUUGCAUAUAUAUUAAUGGAGGCACUGUCAAUUAUCAUAGUAGAAAUACAGUGCCACAUUAAACAUUAAUUUGAAUCAGUUCACAAAUUCUUUAGGAUAUUAAUAUGUGUUAUGGAGAAAACUUACACAUAAACCUUUUGCCCAGUGAUACAUGCGAUUAACAUAUGUAAGAGAUCAAUUAUUGUCUAUUUAUUCAAAGGCAUUUGUACAUGGUAUGCAUGUGUGAGGAUAAAUGGUAUAUAGAGGCACUAUGGUAAAAGCUAAUGAUGAGGGAAACUAUUUUGUCAUGGCAUCAUUGCUCUGUGAAAAACAAUGGUUCCAAGCUACAGUACCAGGUGGAACUUGGUCAUGGAAGCCUAGGUACCUCUGUAACUGAUCUACAGCACUUCAGAUUGACAGAGGGCUAGGAUACCUACCCCUGAAAACUAUAAGAAAAAAUCCAUUUCUGACCAACAUGGUCCACAGCCUUGUAUGAUUAAUACCUGACCCAUUUCUUUUUCUUUUAAUGGGUCACUUGAAUUGUUAGCAUGCACGCCAAUCUGAAGUUGAGGACAUUGUUUUACAAAGCAAUCUUUACGCUAUGACUGUCGUAAGUCUAUGUUAACGUAUGUGAGUUACAACUGUCCUCGCACUGAGGUCACUUUGUGGAAAAGGGGUGAUCGGGUAGCCUAGUGGUUAAAGCGUUCGCUCGUCACGUCGAAGACCCGGGUUCGAAUCCCGACAUGGGUACAAUGUGUGAAGCCCAUUUCUGGUGUCCCCCGCUGUGAUAUUGCUGGAAUGUUGCUAAAACUGGCGUAAAACCAAACUCACUCACUCACUCACUUUGUGGAACAGGGCCCUGAUUAGUAGUGUGACAUGGAUCAGCAUAAUAAAGAAUUGUCACACAACUGUCAAGGGCCUGUUUCCACAAUAUGAGGUCAUGGCUACAACUACAUGUACCACCUGUGUUAAGGUAUGAGUACAACAGCAAUAGGGGCUAGGAUUAGCUUGAUGAAGGUCGUCCUGGUCAAGAGAAACAUUUCAUUUGGAAUCAUAAUAACAGUUGGUUUUAUUGUGUCAUUGUGAUGCUUAUGAAGCAAGGCCAAAAUAUUUGUAAACUUGGUUAAUGAAUCCAACAUCUCGAAAUAUUUGAAUGUAAAGUUAAAAAUUAAAAGCAGUUUGUUUUCAUUCUGCCGACAAGAACAGCUAGCUGUUUUAAAAAAACUCUUAUCAAUACGGAUAGAUUAUUUACAAUACGAUAAUUAGAACAUGUUAAAAAAAUUAUCUUAUAAACUUCAAAACAUAACAUCUUGUGACGAAUCACAAGAAGAAAUACAAAAUAUAUAUUUGUAAUUGGACUUUUUAUAUUUAUGUUUUUUCAACCUACAGACCUGACAUUUUGGGGUAAAAAAUGAAACAAAAAUGUCUGACCAUACCAUGUCAAUGACCUGAAAUGAUGCAUAUCAUUAUUGAUCCAGACGAUAGGAUUGUACAAGUAACACAUUAGUGCUAUUAAGUAUUGAAGCAUUCUUUUUGUGUGACAUAUGACAGUUCCAAUUUUAUAUGUACAUACAACAUAGCUGAAGAGUAUGUCUUUAUAUGUCUUUGUUUGUCUAUGUUUGUAUGAUUUUGUGUCUGAUGUUAAUCAAAUUGUCAAAACAUAGUGAACACUGUUUAUGAUAAAUAUACUCCCGACUAACAGAUGUACAUAUAUGCUUUACAGGACUUUUAACAGAUCACAGACUGACAUAAUUUUCCAUAUAUGUAUGGAGUUAGUAGUGUACAUUUUAAUUAUAUCACACUGACCUUAGGUUAUUUCAUGACCAUGUAUAUAUUCAUAAGAUGGAUACGAAUAUGAGCUUGAGCAUAUUUUACUUGAAAACAUUUUUAAUAUCUAUGUAAUUGUCAGUUUCAAAUAUUGAACAAUUAUACUCCAACAUACAGUGAUACCUUGUUUGUCCAGAAGUCCUGUCAUCUGGACAAUUAUGGAUGCAAGCAAAUCAUUUACUUUUAACACAAAUUAACAUUUUUUAUCCCUUUUUUUAUCCAGAAAGAAAUAUUAAUAAUUUGGCAAAAUUUUUCUCAACUAUAUGGACAGUCAUUCAAUGGACAGCAACAUUACAAGGCCCAGCUGACUUUUUUAUUUUUGUCACUCGGUGAACAUAUCCAUGGUUCAGUGAUCAGCUUAAAGGUAGUUGUGUAAUGAUAUGGGGAUAUAGUAUUGUAUCAUGAUAUGAUGGCCACAAUACCAUACAUUGAUAUAUGACAACUGUAUUGCUAUUCAUAUGAUACAUUUCAUUACGUGUUAAUAUGACGUAAAAAUAUGUGAAUAAUAACAGAAACUGUUCCAACCACCUGCUUCUGCAGAUUCCCUAGUAUUUCAUGGUUGGAUAUAAAUAGCAUAACAUUCACAGUGCCUCUACCAAUAUGUUUCUGCCCAUCCCACAGUAUCCCAUCUUUGAUCUCUAAAAUUUAAUAACAAUUGAUUCAGGGUUGUGAUUCACCUGCAAAAGGAAAGACUAUCAUCUUGUGAAAAAAAAGUUCUGUAUUGGAGUACAAAUCGUUUCGCACCCAUAGUAUCGGGAUAUAUAUCAUAUCAGAACCCACUGUAUCGUUACACCGCUACUUAAAGGACUGGUAUCCUAACUGACCUGCUUCUACUAAAUACAGAAAACCGAUGAUAUACUAAAUUGUAAAAUGAUUGGGAAUAGGUGCUGUUAUCUGAUUGGUUGAAAUAGAUGAUUAAAGGGGAUUUGAAGCCCAGAAAUCUCCUGAUUGCAUGUAGUCGUCUGUUUCUCCAAAAUUCAUAUCUCCAUAGUCCAAACAAUUUGAAGUUAGGAGCAAGCAGUAAGAAUUCUUUACACCACGACUGCAGAAUCUUGUGUUAUACCAUUCCAUGACUGUAGGAACUGGUGUUUAUACCCAGGUGGAGAAUCUAGUGUUAUACCAUACCAUGACUAUAGGAACUGGUGUUUAUACCCAGGUGCAGAAUCUAGUGUUAUACCAUUCCAUGACUGUAGGAACUGGUGUGUAUACCCAGGUGGAGAAUCUAGUGUUAUACCAUACCAUGACUAUAGUAACUGGUGUUUAUACCCAGGUGAAGAAUCUAGUGUUUAUAUCCAUCUGCAGAAACUAAUGAUAUGACAUAUUUGCAGAUGCUAAAGUUGAUACCACUGCUGCAGUCCCAAGCGUUAUAACUCAGGCAAUAACUAGUAUUUAUAACACAGUUGGAAAAAUGGAAAUGCAUAGAUAAGAAUAUCUGGUUGUCAGUCGAUCAACCCGAUUUCUUUUAUCCUUUCCCUUGUGAUAGAAUGAUAUAGGUAACCAGUUCUCUGAAGUAUGUAUCAUUCAGUGCAUUUGUAUGUGGACAUUAGCAGCUGUAUUGUCAUGCAGCGGGGCAUGUGGGUUUCAGUGCAUAGCAAUCCAAGACCAUCAACUCUUACUUGGAUAUGUGUAAUUGAUGAUGAAUUCUGUGACAAUUACCCUCUCCUUAACAUUAAGUUUCAGACAUAACUUUCAUAUUAGGACCCAAACCUUAUAACAGUAUUUAUGUUAACAUGUAGUGUUUAGUGAAUCAUGGACUUGCAGAUUAUUUCUGUAAACAAGUUAAAUGUGUCUGUACUAACUAGUGUUGGGAAUUAGUUGUAAAAUCAUGAUUGAUGAUUAGAUGAUCCCAAACGAUCGAUCAUCCAAAUUAAUCAAUUAGCUCAUUUUGCUGUUUUUUUAUAUUAUGUUCAGUAAAACGAGAUCACACCUAACAGAAACAAAUACUUAUUUCAGCACUUUACCUUUAGACAAAACACUACUGGACGCAUUCUUUCUCAAAAGUACUAUGUAGGAUGUAGUGAAUAAUCCUUCUCAGAAAAUAAAUCUCUUUUCAGUGUUAUAGAACACCAACACAAUAUAUUAUAAUCUAUUUUAUUGAAGGAUAGAACAGUUGAGAACUUGAGAGGCAGUGUUUGUUUAUAGAAAAUUAUGGUUGCUUGAUCGUUUGGACCUUCUGAUCAAUCUUUGAUUAUUUCACUUAAUAAGAACACCACUGGCACUAACAUCAUUAUAAACACCAGGUUAUGAUAUAUUGUACUGGAUGUAUUCUGAUUUUAUUGAUGUUGUAUUUGACAAAGAUGGUUGAGUUUCAUUCUGCUAUCUCUAAAACAGCAUAUUCUGAUAAUAUUGUUCAUAAUUGUUAUCAUUGUUUUUUCUAACCAUGUAAAUAUCAUCAUCAACACCAGUAAAUAACCAGUCUCAGUUAUCCACUGAAACAGAUUCCAAUGAGCAUAAAGGACAAAAUAGCGUGAAAACUAUAUGAAAUGUAUGCAUCCAGGGAGUUAAAUGUUGGCCUUAAAUAUUUCAGUGCAUAGUGUUGAAAUACAGUUGAUUUCAGAUAUAACAGUCAGAUAUAAUAAAGGAUAGAUAUAAGAUAAUUGUCCACAAGGUCCAAUGUCAGUUUUUAGAAUAUUUACAUGUAACGAACCAGGAAAAGUGAUGUGAGCUAAAUCAGUUCCAGUGUUAUCAAGGUCUUUUGUAUUAUUUUUAUUUUAUUAAUUAAAUCGGAGUCUGUUAUAUACAGCACAGACUGUAUCAACUGUCAGUGGCUUAUUUCUCAUGCAUUUCCUUUUAAUUACUUGGUUUUCAGAAGCACUGACCAUAAAUAUCACAAACUAACCUCUUCACUUUCAACAAUUCUUUUAGAAAUAUCUUUUGUAAACCAGCAAUAUGUAAACCAAAUAAUCAUAAAGAGAUUUCUUAAUUAACUUGUAAUAUCAAAAUGCAUUUGGGAAGAAUAAUAUGAAUACGAAACGUCUUUAAUAUGAGGAACACAACGUUUCGGAGUAUAUGCUUACCCCUUCAUCAGAUGAAUGAUAAAGGAUUAAGCAUAUAUUCCGAAAUGUUGUGUUCCUCAUAAUAAAGAAUUUGACAUCCAUAAACUCUCUUCCUAACUUCUAAAUGCCUUUAAAAAAAUAAUUAUAAAUAAAUUCUUAAAUUAACUUGUAAUAUCAUAGUGCAUUUGGAAGAAUAUAGAAAUAUUGAUAAGUAAGCAGUAAAAUAAAUAUGUUGAAGUGAGCACUAUUAUGUAAUACUGCUCACUUAAGAACAUGUAUUCUAUUAGAUGCACUAUGAUAGUAUCAAUCCAUAAUGUACUAGUGUGUAAUUGUUAUUUACUUCAAACAGCUUCCUCCCAUGUACACCUAUUUCUUCAGUGCCUCCAGACCGACCAUUAUGCAUUAACCGCCUCAUAGAUUGUAAUUACAUACACAAACAGGUGCUAUGUUCAACUUGCUGUACAUAAUGUAUGAUAUGCUUCAUAGACAGAUGUGUAAAUAAAGUAUUUGUGUAUA